AUGGCGCCCAAAGAAGAUCUCAACAAGGCCGGCUGGGAACAGUCAGACUUUCCAAUUCUAUGCGAGACCUGUCUAGGCUCGAACCCCUUCGUCCGAAUGUCCAAGCAAGAAUACGGACGCUCAUGCGGCACCUGCGCCCGGCCCUUCACCGUCUUCCGCUGGAACCCGGGCCAAGGUGCCCGCUUCAAAACAACUGUCAUCUGUCAAACAUGCGCAAAAGUCAAGAACGUCUGCCAGACGUGCUUAUUGGACUUGCAAUAUGGACUGCCGACCCAAGUUCGCGAUACGGCGUUGAAUAUCCAGAGUGGCGCGCCGACGAGCGAUAUCAACCGCGAGUAUUAUGCGCAAAAUAUGGAGAGCGCGUUAGGGCCGAGUCAGAGUGGGUUGGAUGCGGGAAGGGCGGCGAGUGCGGGCAAGGAGAUGUUGAAGCAGUUGGCGAGGACGGAUCCGUAUUACAAACGGAAUAAGCCACACUUGUGCUCGUUCUACGCGAAGGGGGAGUGCAAGCGAGGGGACGAGUGUCCAUACCGACAUGAAAUGCCGCGCGAGAAAGACGACCCACUUGCAAAGCAGAAUAUCAAGGAUAGGUAUCACGGGAAAGCCGAUCCCGUCGCACAAAAGAUUCUCUCCGGACAUGCUGCCUCACAGGGGCUCGCUCCGCCCGAAGACCAGACCAUAACUUCACUCUUUCUCUCCGGUCUCCCUGCUACCUCCACUGAACAAACGGUCCGCACAUCACUUCACCCAACACUACCGGACCCUUCGUCAAUACGAAGCGUUGUGCACGUCGCCAAGACGCGUUGUGCGUUCAUCAACUUUCGCGAACGUGCAGGGGCUGAGGCUGCUGCGGUCGCUUGGUCUACGGGACUUGAAGUGGACGGGGCGAAGGUCGGCGUGAGGUGGGGAAGGAGUAAACCCGCGCCUAGCGGUGCGAGUGGAAGCGGGGCUCCAGUGGCAAGGCCAGUAGAAGCAUGA